AUGAAGCUUUCCUUGCUUGCAUGUUUGUUGCUCCUCUCUAUCUCUAGCAUAUCAUGCAAUGCUAAUUACCAAACUAACAACCUCAUUAAGAAGUUGAUUAAGUCUCGCAAAUCUGCUGGAAACCCUAAAUCACGGGAUGGCAUAUACUCUCCUGUGUACGUUGGCUCCCAAGAAGGGUUAAUGGAGGCUGAUAAGAUUGAGGCUUUGCCAGGGCAACCAGCUGGAGAAGUAAAUUUCAAUCAAUAUGCAGGCUAUGUUACUGUGGACCCUACAGCUGGGAGAGCUUUGUUCUAUUACUUUGUCGAGGCAAAUAAUUCUUCAAGCAAUCCUCUGGUGCUAUCGUUACAUGGAGGACCUGGAGGAUGCUCCGCUUUUGGAUAUGGAGCCUUACAAGAACUGGGACCAUUCAGAGUCGGCAACGAUAACAAGACUCUAAUUCCUAAUGAUUAUGCUUGGAACAACGCGGCAAACGUCCUCUUCUUGGAGACUCCAUUAGGAACUGGGUUUUCGUAUUCGAACAAAUCGUCUGACUACCACACCGUGGGUGAUGAGAUCACGGCCCAGGACUCUUAUGCAUUUCUUGUGAACUGGCUGGAGAGAUUUCCUCAAUACAAAGACAGUGAUUUCUUCAUCACUGGAGAGAGCUAUGCUGGUCAUUACGCACCUGAACUUGCUUACACCAUUCUCUCCAACAACAACAUCACAAACCAAACAAAAAUCAAUCUCAAAGGAGUUGCUAUUGGGAAUCCUUGGAUCGAUCUUAACACCGCUCUACUGGCCCUUUUUGAUAAUUUCUGGACACAUGCUUUGAACUCUGACGAAACCAAUGCAGGGAUACAUAAAUAUUGUAACCUUAUUGACUUCGGAGGUAAGCAAUCCAAGGUGUGUGGUGAAUAUCUGCAACAAGGAUUCGAGGAGGUUGGGGAGGAUAUUGAUCUUUCCAACAUCUACUCUCCAAUUUGCAAAACAUCACAAGAUUCACAACCCAAAUCUGUCUCAACUGCUUCUGUUGAUGAUUUUGAUCCAUGCUCCGAUAUCUAUGUCGAGGCCUAUCUAAACCUUCCCGAGGUGCAGGCAGCUCUUCAUGUUAAACCUACAACGUGGUCAGCUUGCAGUGAUACUGAUUGGACGGACAGCCCAGACACCAUGCUACCCACAAUACAACAGAUCAUACAAAGCGGGAUAAGUUUUUGGAUAUAUAGUGGAGACACCGAUGGGUUCUUCUCAGUCACAUCUUCUAGAUACGCCCUGCACAUCCUCAACUUACCCAUCAAGACUCCAUGGAGGCCAUGGUACUCUAAUAGUAGAGAGGUUGGAGGAUAUGUGGUUGGGUACGAAGGGUUGACGUUUGCUACUGUGAGGGGAGCUGGGAUCAUGGUUCCCAGCAACCAACCUCAACGAGCACUCACCUUGAUCUCAUCUUUCCUUGAGGGAAAGCUUCCUCCUUCCACCAUGAAGCUUUCACUGCUGCUUGGCUGCCUGUUAGCCUUCCUCAUCAUAUCAUGCAACGCCAACCAAAUCGAAAACCUCAACAAGUUGCUCAGGUCUCGUAAAUCUGCAAACCCUCCUCAUCCCAAGUCAUGGGAGAGCCUGGAUUUUGCAGAUGGCCAAGUUUCUGCUUUGUAUGUUGGAACCCAAGAUGGGUUGAAGGCAGCUGAUAAGAUUGGUGCUUUGCCAGGCCAGCCUCAAGGAGUAGACUUUGAUCAGUACGGAGGCUAUGUUACGGUGGACCCUCAGGCUGGAAGAGCACUGUUUUAUUACUUUGUAGAGUCGCCUCAGAAUUCUUCAACUAAACCAUUGGUUCUGUGGUUAAAUGGAGGACCAGGAUGUUCGUCAUUCGGAUAUGGAGCCAUGGAAGAACUUGGACCGUUCAGAGUGAACAGUGAUAGAAAGACCCUAUUCCGGAACGAAUAUGCUUGGAACAACGUGGCAAAUGUGCUGUUCUUGGAGUCUCCAGCAGGAGUUGGGUUCUCAUAUUCAAACACAACAUCUGACUAUGAAAACGUGGGUGACAAGAGAACAGCCCAAGACUCCUACAAGUUCCUCAUAAACUGGCUGGAGAGAUUUCCCCAAUACAAAACCAGAGAUUUCUUCAUCACUGGAGAGAGCUAUGCCGGCCAUUACGUUCCACAGCUUGCCUCCACCAUUCUCCAACACAACAAAGCCACAAACCAAACAAAUAUUAUCAACCUCAAAGGCAUUGCAAUUGGAAAUGCUUGGAUCGACGACAGCACGGGUCAACUGGGUAUUUAUGAUUAUUUGUGGUCGCAUGCUUUGAACUCUGACGAGACCAAUGCAGGGAUACACAAAUAUUGUGACUUUGCUUCUGAUAAUUCUUCCAGCGCAUGUGAUAAAUAUCAAAACCAAGCAGGGGACGAGGCUGGAAAUGUUGAUAUUUACAACAUCUAUGCUCCCCUUUGCAAGAUAUCACAAGCCAAAUCUCCCUCAACUAGCACUGGUUCUGUUAAUGGAUUUGAUCCAUGCUCUGAUUAUUAUGUGGACACCUAUCUAAAUCUUGUGGAGGUGCAAGCAGCUCUUCAUGUCAAACCUACAAAUUGGUCGGCUUGCGGUGGUGUUGGAUGGACGGACAGCCCAACGACAAUGCUACCCACAAUUAAGCAGCUCGUAGCAAGCGGGAUAAGUUUUUGGAUAUAUAGCGGAGACACUGAUGGAAGAGUACCAUUCAUAUCAUCUAGAUACGCCUUAAACACCUUAAAAUUGUCUCUGCAAACUACAUGGCGACCGUGGUAUUCGAAUACAGAGGUUGGAGGAUAUGUUGCUGGGUACAAAGGGUUGACAUUUGCAACGAUAAGGGGAGCUGGGCAUAUGGUUCCCAGCUAUCAACCACAGCGAGCACUCACCUUCAUCUCAUAUUUCCUUCAGGGGAAGCUUCCUCCUACCUCCUAA